AUGUAUGUUCAAUCGAAUGGUGAAGACCAAAUCACUGAUGUGGUUGUGUUGGGAACGGGGCCUGGCGGGCUCGCUUCAGUUGGCGCUGCUGUGGAAGCGGCAUGCAACGACAUUGGAGGAAACGGGACCUGGUCGACGGGCUGGGUCACAUUCGUGAACAGUCAAAUGCAAUGCGACCAAGGCAUCGGAGACUCCGUCGAUUUGUUCAUGCAAGAUUGCGAGAAACUGAUCGAGGAAUGCAGCGUCCGCUGCGGCGUACAAUGGGACCCCGUUCUCGCGAGACUCUACGCAAAGGAGAGCGGCGAAAUGUACGACGUACUCACCAAAAGGGGCGUGAAAUUUCCUCGUCUCUCCAAGCGUCCUCUCCAAACGUCUGUUCCGCGUCUGGCCGCCGUCGAAUCAACCGAUCAAUUUGCUAGGGCGUUCGAACCCGACUUUGCCGGCCCAAAUGUACGCACCUACUUGAACAGUACCGCAGUGAGACUGAUCAUGGAGAGUGGACGUGUUACGGGCGUUCACGUGCGGCCGAAUGACUCAACACCAACUUUCAAAGUGUUCGCCAAACAGGGUGUCAUCCUCGCCACGGGAGGAUAUCAAGCUAACCCAGCCCUCCGUCAACACUAUCUGCCAACGGUGAGGGACAGCUGGUACCCAGGACUGCCAACAUGCCGUGGAGAUGGUCAUCUCCUUGGUCAAGCAAUUGGAGGGGAUCUGAUCAACAUGUCAAUGAUCCCGCCUAUCGUGGCCAUAGCUUCUGCCCUGACAGAUGAAGCAAUUGCAGUGAAUUCCAACGGCGAGCGGUUCCACGACGAAGCAGGACCUUAUCAAUAUCGAGUGGAAAAGCUGAAAGAACAACCUGGCCAGAUCGGCCAUUAUAUCUUCGAUGCGGCCACAGCGGCCAGCAAGGAGCGUUAUGUGGAUCAGCUUGGUUCGGGAGUCGGAAAGGCGAAUACAAUGGAAGAGCUUGCGGCUCUGAUCCGUGUUCCAGCCCAAGUUUUGAUAAACUCCGUCAAGACCUGGAACGAUUUCGUUAGUUCCGGCGAGAAAAUUGACCCUUUGACAAAUAGGGUCGACUUCACAGCCCACACAAUCACAGAUCCCCCGUUCUAUACAUCGGCCUUGGUUCCUGGGGUCAGCUUGACAUGCGGAGGGUUCCGUACCACAACAUCUCUGCAAGUCAUUGAUGUGUUUGGGGAGCCGAUUCCUGGCCUCUUCGCCGUGGGAGAUGUCGCGGGCGGGCUCACACCCACUGCCGAAAUGGGCGGCACUCAUCUUGGAGGAGGAUUUGUGCACGGCUGGAGAGCAGGUAAAGCGGUCGCAACCGGACAAUUGGCCAAAACCCACCAUAAAGAGGGCCGCACUUUUGGACAGUUUGUCCCUCAGAAGGCGACGUUGGAGUUGAAGAUCCCUAUCAUUAGUGGUGUUGCGACAGCGGAUCAGGCAUCUGGGUCAAAAGCCAGACUGUAA